GCGCGCCCCAUCCCGCGCAUGCGCGAUGGGGUGCCGGUGGGGUCGGCGGCGACGCUGUGGUUGGCUGGAUGGGCCAGGCGUAGGAGUGAAACCUAGGGGAGCAGCUGGGCCCGGGAAGGCAGUGACCGGAAGGAAGGGCACUUUGGCUAAGGUGACAGGGACGGGUUGUAGUGGUGGCGGUGGGAGUGCAGAAAGGGUAGGAUCACGACACAACCUGAAGGUGGAGCCGGCAGGAUGUGGUGAUCGUGGCAGCAGAGAAAGGGGGAAAGGUCAAAGCGCAGCCACGAGCCGGGAGGAUGGUGCCCCAAAGUUUUUGAGAGGGGGGCAGGGUUGGGGGUAGCGCACUUUUCAACUCUGGGAAGAUGGGAGCUCAGGAGCGACAGCUGCAGAGCCUGCCUGGGGAAGUAAGACUUCAACGAAAACCUGAUGCGACCUCUCCUGAUUGCUCCGGGCCGAUUCAUUUCCCAGUUGUGUUGUAGACGAAAGCCUCCUGCCUCCCCACAAAGCAAGAUCUGCCUCACCAUGGCUCGUCCAAGUUCAAAUAUGGCAGACUUUCGGAAGUGUUUUGCGAACGCCAAGCACAUAGCCAUCAUCUCGGGGGCUGGCGUUAGUGCGGAGAGUGGGGUUCCCACUUUCAGAGGCGCUGGAGGUUACUGGAGAAAAUGGCAGGCUCAGGACCUGGCAACCCCUCAGGCCUUUGCUCGAAACCCAUCACAGGUGUGGGAGUUUUACCACUACCGGAGGGAGGUCAUGCGGAGCAAAGAACCCAACCCCGGGCACCUGGCCAUUGCCCAGUGUGAAGCCCGGCUUCGUGACCAGGGCAGACGGGUUGUGGUCAUCACCCAGAACAUUGACGAGUUGCAUCGCAAGGCUGGCACCAAGAACCUUCUGGAAAUCCACGGAACCUUAUUUAAAACUCGGUGUACCUCGUGUGGCACUGUUGCCGAGAACUAUAGGAGUCCGAUCUGCCCAGCUUUAGCAGGAAAAGGGGCCCCAGAGCCAGAGACUCAAGACGCCAGAAUCCCAGUCGACAAACUUCCCCGGUGCGAGGAGGCAGGAUGCGGAGGCUUGCUGCGACCUCACGUGGUGUGGUUUGGAGAAAACCUGGAUCCUGCCAUUCUGGAGGAGGUGGACAGAGAGCUCGCCCUCUGUGACCUGUGUCUAGUGGUGGGAACAUCCUCUGUGGUCUACCCGGCUGCCAUGUUUGCCCCUCAGGUGGCUUCCAGGGGAGUCCCGGUGGCCGAGUUUAACAUGGAGACCACCCCAGCCACCGACAGAUUCAGGGUUUCUCUGUGUAGCCCUGGCUGUCCUGGAACUCACUUUGUAGACCAGGCUGGCCUCGAACUCAGAAAUCUGCCUGCCUCUGCCUCCCAAGUGCUGGGAUUAAAGGCGUGCACCACCACACCCGGUGACUGUACAGUUCUGAUUUCUGUGGAGGACCAGAGAGGAGAAUGUGGGCAAAAAAGAGAGAGUUGGUGACUUGACUUUUAUGAAAGAACAAAAUGGCAUUAACAGCAGACUGGGUGUUAAUGUGUGUUUCGCUACAUGGGAGUUUCCAUGGUUUUCCCGUUGGCACAAUAUAUUCUUCUCCAGACUUUAUACUUGCAUCUGUAGUUUUCAACUAGAUGUGUUAGCGGCCUUUAUAUGUAGGCAACAGACACCAUUUCCCCAUCAGAUCGGCUUUCUUCGGUGAGUGCUGUUACAGUAAAUACAGGGCGUUUCCUGAUGCCCUCAAUGUUUUGUCUGACUGGUCCCCAGGGAUCCUUUGUCAGAUUUGCAUAUGGCCUACACAGAGAUGGUAGACCAGAUGCCCUCUUCUGGUGUGUCUGAAGACAGCUACAGUGUACUCAUAUAAAUAAAAUAAAUAAAUCUUAAAAAAGAAAAAAGAACUUUCCAGAUUCUGGUCUACCUGACACAAAGGCCCAAGGUAGAAAGAUGCACACUGGGCAGUGUAUGGAUCACUAAGGGGUCCACCUGACUGCAGGGAUGGUCAGAGGGGAGAGUCCAGGAGAGGUGAUUAUAGUUAAUAAGGUAACCCAUUGAUUGGCAUGUGGCAAGGAAAGGUACUUGCAGCUGAAUGCUGAUUCCUGGUGGAGACUAGACGUCUAAGGAAUUAGCCCGAAAGCUAAGUAGAGAAUGAUGUCACUUAUUUGAAGAGCCCUUGCUUUUAAGUCCCAGUGGCCACAUUUGAUGGGGUAGUUGGUGCUACCCUGGCUGUGCCAUCAU